AAGUGCUUGCACACGUACCUACAUGUAGGUAGUAGAACCAUGGAGGAAGGAACUUAGCUGCGGCAACUUGUUUUUUUCACAAUGAUGAGACAGAAAGGUAUGGUGCCGAGAAAACAAAAGUAGCCUCACAAGUUUUGUUAAUCGUGUUAAUUGCGUAGGUUGCAUGCUGAGCCAACUGAAACACUACAACCUGACAACGUUUACGAGACUGAGUGACAUGACUGACAUGAGUGAGCAGAACCCUGAGUCAUGUGAGUAAGCAUAAGGACGUCCCUGAGAUGGGCUGAUCAUUUUGUGGCGGUCACGUCACUUCGGCUGAGCAAAUGAAAUUGCAUGUUGCCAUGGACAUUGGCGAGAACUGUCCAGCCUGCCAGUGGCACACUGAUGGAGAGACCAGCACAGGGGACCAGCUGCGGAGAUACGUGAUGGAGGCCUCCAGAGGAUCACCCGUGUUUCAGAGGCUUGAGGCAGACUUGAAGGAAUGCAGAAAAUGCAUGGGAGCAUACCAUAAAGCCCGGGAACAGCUCAUACAAGAAGAGGGCCAUUUUGAUCUAAAAUUGUUUCAGCUGGAAGAAAGGCGGUUAACUGAGACCUUCAGGCGUGAUACAGAAGAACAAGACAUCUUGGUACCCAUCACUGAGGUGUUGUGGCACCCAUAUCUUCUUUUCCAUCCCGAACUAGAGGCAGUGUUCUGCAGGAGGCUCUUGAAACUAGACAAAGAUGUUGGCUUGGAAGGAUUUCUGACGGAGUGUCUCCCUACAAUGUACCUUCUUUUGAUACAUCGAAAUGAAGAGGUUCGUGAACUUGCCUGGCGGUGCCUUCAAAAUCCAGACUACCGUAUCACUUGCGAUAACUAUGAGGACACAAAUAUGGGCCAGGCGUUUCGCUGGGUUAUGUUGUCGGCAGAGGCCAUAGAACCACUGACACCAUCACCUCAGAAGACUCUGGCAAUCUUCCAUUCACCAAGCCAGGUCAAGGAACUGCCACCUCACUUCUUGUGCACCAAGCUUCAUGCUUACUGGCAGGGCGUUGCCCGUUUGCUCUCCAUUUUCAGUGUUGAGGCUCUCAAGCAUUGCUUCACAAACUCCCCAGACUUCAAGAAGUUGAUCCCUACAAUGAUAGAUCAUUUCUCUACCAAGACCGACGAUAAAACAUCAGGCUGCCAGUCUUCUUUCUGGCCUCUGCUACAGUGUCUGGCAUUCCUAAUGGAUAAAGUCGGCAGGGUUGUGUGGCAGGAUGUACCUGAGGCAACGGUCAAGGGCAUUUUUGACACUGCCAAAAACACUAUCAUAUCAGCCAUUGAAAACAUGAUCAAGAGUGGCACUGAGCAGGUUCCCACCGCCCCUGGGAUGUCUGUCGGUCCAUCGGAACCCUUCCUCUGGAUGACGCUCUAUGUCAACUCACUCAUGGAUUUUGGCAUAUCAGUUUCUGACAGUGUCCCAGCCAAAGUAACCAACUUCCUAUGCAUCCAACUAGAGGAUCUACUGCGUCUUGGCUGCCAUGGAGACAGCCUGAAAAGAAGCAGGAUUGACUCACUGAUUGCAAAGUUCAUGCAAGCUCUGGUCAAUGUCCUACAGAGCCUUUUGAAGAGGUCCCUCCUUGGUGACCUUGUCAGAGAGGUCAAGGCAAGCAUGUGGCUCAGGAUCUGCCUGGCCUUCCUUCAAAAAUACCCACCUGUAAGGGGUCAGCAAGAUCUCUCCUUUGCCAUCACUGUGUCCAACAGCAUUCGCCAAUUCCUGCUUGAUGUCUUCAAGCUGGCGCAAAAGAACAAGCUGAGUGUUGGUCAAUCCGUGAAGUACAUUAAGAUGCUUGGACUGCCACUGCUGCUGACUUCAUCAGCAAGGUGCAACAUACAGGAACCUCCCAUCAGCUUGCAAGAAAAUCUGUGCGAGAUGACACAGGGAAAAGGAUUUACGGAUUGUGUCAAAUUUGUGGAAGAAACUCUCAAGCAGCAUUCAUCGUUGAGUUCUAUAGGCAUUUACCAGAGUUUGUCAGUUCGAGAAAGUGAUACAGCAUGUGUCCCUGGCCCAUCCACCAGGUCACCAGUUAGUUGCUUCAGGAAAAACUCUCACAAAUUAAAACUAAGAGGCCCACUGUCGUUCACCUCUAACACAAUGCAAGAUAAGAAUGUUCUUGAGAGGAAUGAUUUCAGCGAUAAUGAAGCCAGCACAAGCCCAAAACAUGCAUCUAGACCACACGAAGAGGCUGUGCAUCCCCUACCGACCAGCCCCAAAUGGGUGCUCCCUGUCCCAACUAAAUCGGUGAUUAAGAGUGAGCCUGGCCACCCGCAGCUGUCUUCCGGCAGUGCUCCCUCGAUGCACCAACCUGGAAGCACUGCCAAACCAAAUAGAUCCUCCCAGAAAUCCAGUGAUGUGGUCAUCUCCAUCUCAGAUGACUCAUCGGACGAAGCCUUCUGUCAGUCGCCAACAGCAGGCCAGGAAUUCUGUGAUGAUGCACUCAUGCAGGACUCAGAGGAGAUUUACGAAAUACUGUCUCAUACCUCUCAGAGUGAGGACAGCCAAAAUGAACCUGCAGAUAAUUUUUCACUUGAUGUCCCAAAUGCUCGGAAAGAACAGUGGCAGCCAUCUGUGAAGAUUGAAUUGAUUCCAGAACUUACAGAUAUCUCAGAAGAUGGACGUCAAUUUAUCGUGACUUCUAUGGAUCCAGUGAUCAUAAAAAACGCUACACCACAAAAAACAGGAAUCAAGAGGGAGCGUGUCUCUUCUGACGACAGUGAGAGCUCUCUUUCCAACUCUGACAUCAGGAGGGACGCACACCUUAAGGCCAAGAAAAAUUGCCGUCGCCGAUUGACAGAGCUAGAGAGUUCAAGUGAUGAUGACACUGGUAGGCCACCAUCAUCCAGCCCUAGUACCAGCCAAAGCUGGCUUUGGCCGAGUUCACCAUCUGGCUCAUCCCUCAGCCGUCCAUUUAAGAGUUCACCCAAAUACCCCAGGAACAGAUUGUCGAGAUCAAGACGGCUGAACACAUCAAUGUGUUCUAUUGUUAAAAAUGAAAGGCACACAGAUGCCUACGUUCCCGAAAGAGAGGAAUACCAACCCCUUGUAAAGAAGGAAUUGCUGUCUGAUGAUGGGGAUAUCGCUUCUGCUGUAGGGACCUCCAAAGCUGCUCAGUAUCAGGUGGAAAUCAAAGAAGAAGGAGUGAAGAAGGAUGGGAAGGGAAAGUUGUUAUCUCAUGAAAAAAGCACCAAGAGCCGUAAUCGGGGACUGUUCUCAGAUGGUCAGGCUCUUGAUUAUCUCAAUGGUGCACUCAGCGCAAUUGCUAAUGAUAAUGAUUCAGUUUCUCAGGAGCCUGUGAUGUCUAACAGUGAUGACUCAUGUGACAGUGAAGCUGUUAUUUCUUUUGGCAAGGAUUGGGGAUCUUCCGUCAAGAUGGAUCAGGUGGCAAAACCAGACGGUGAUGAGGAAGAGAUGAAGCCUUGUGCAGAAGAAAAUACUAACAAUCUGUUGCUUCUAGGUGACCAUCAUCAGGAUAGUAAAAGCCCCGUUAGUCCAGUCUUUGAUACCUCUGAUUCUGCUGGACAAGAGGAUGUGAAGUUUAGAACUGAUGAUCCCCAUAAACCUGCCAGUUCAGCUGUGGUCAGUAAAGCUUCACACCAGGUUUCGAGGGAUGAAGAACAUGUGGAGGAGGGGAGGCUGAUGCAGCACGGACCUGAAGAAAUUAGCAGUGAAAGUGGUAUGCGGCCAUUUAGUCCAAUCUCAGAUGACUCCAGUUCUGAAAACUCCCAACAAAGUGAAAGUCUGCUUACGCAGCAGAUUCCCAUUCCAGAACAAGUUCAACCCUUUCAAAGUGAGGAUUCUCUUGGUUCCAGCAAAGAGCUGAAGCAGAGAAUUGACAAGCUGGUAUCCGAAAUGUGCAGUUACGACAGUUCAGAAGAUUCAGAUUCCAGUGUGCCUGAUGUUGCCCUGAUCUCCCACGUAAUCAGCAGUGAUGAAAGCACUUGCAUGGCACCGGAGAAAGUCCCCUCAGAUGAGUUGAAGGACUGUAAAUUGGCUGUCCAAGUUGUAUUGGCCUCAGCUUCUCUGGACAACUCGUAUUCCAGCCAGGGAUUCAGCUACAUAGAGGAUCGCCUGGAUUCAGAUGAGAUUAUCGACCUGGAAAACUAUAACUGCAGUGAGCUCUAUGAUGAGGAUCGGCUGAGCCAGCUGAUAGAGAUCUCAAGUGAUGAGGGCGAUUAUCUAGAUCAAACUGCUGGAGAGCUGAAUAUAGACUUGGAUAUCAAGGUAAAGCAGGAACCAGAAGGUGAUCAUUAUCAGCCCAAUCGAUCCAGUCCUUCAAUAGUGUCUCGACCUGUCCACUCUUCCGGUCUUUCUGAAGAUCCAGACUUCAUCAGUGCUCUGCAGGACCACGAGGACACCACAUGGUUUGAGGAUGAGAUUGAAGAAGAAGAUUACCUUCAAGACCAACAAGAAGGAUACAGAGAAGUGCAAGAAGUCGCUGAAGAAGUAGAGAUGGAGCAAAGACAAGCAAAGCAAAGAAGGUUGGUCUUGGAGGAGGAGGAAGCCUUUAUUGCAGGAGAUCUGCCAGACAUCAAGUCUCAUUCAUCGAGUCCUUUGGAGAAUGCAGCUGCAGAGAGAGCCAUCCAGGAUCACAACAACCACGGAUGGUUUGAUGAUGACAGCUCUCCAGCUAAAGAGAGCACAGAAGGUUUGGAUUCAGAGGAGAAGUCAACAGAUAACGUACUCAAGAAAGCACUGGAUGACAUUACAGCAUUAGAAGCUGCAACAGAAGAGGGAUUGCAGACCGAAUCACAACAAAAGGAGAAGGAAGAGAAAAGUUUGUCCCACAGUCGCAUUAGAUGGGACGAAAGCUCUGAAUCUGGGAAGCGUCCAUCCUUACCAAAAAGAGCAGCAGCUUCUUACCCUCCAAAAUCCAGCACCGAUGGGGUUGUAGAAGGCAGCUCUGUCAGUGAGCCUACUUCUUCACUAUCCAAAGUGCAAGGUUCCUGGAAGCCUGGUAACUUCCACCAGCCAGAGUUCACCCCAGCCAACGCUGAACCACUGAAGAGAUUCCGGGGCAGCAGCAAUGAGCCUGAGCUGGUAGAUACGUAUGUCUUGGACAGCAGUCAGCCCAGACGGAGACCCAGGGCGGCCAGGGACGAGGAACGGCCCAGUACGUCUGUGCAGUCCUGGGCCAGCAGGUUCAGUUCCCGGACUGGGAGUCUGUUCCAGACGAUGAAGGAAGGUCCACCAUCUGCCCAGAAGGGAAAUCAGGACAAGGAUGUCACACCUUCAAAGCGAGUGAGGCACUCAUCCGGCCCUCCUACUACUUGGAAGACUGCACAGAGUCUGGACACCACCUUGAAAGUGACUACACCCCCAUCGUCGUAUGUAGAAUCAUUACCACACUAUGCUCAACCUGUUUAUGCCCAUGCAACUGUUCCCGCAGUGUCCCUCUCUCAAACGGUUAGUACCAGUACGCAAAGCUGUUCCAAUACAGCUUCCAUGGCUGGUCAGGCUGCUCCAAUGUCAAAUUCAGCUAAUGGAGUGAACCUGAGCAAUAAUGCCGCAUCCAGAGAUGCAAACAUACACGGGCAACAGAUGAUCUCUGAACUUGAGUCUCCUCUACCCCAAAAAGUGCCAUCGAUCUCGCAGCCACGAUUUCAGUUCUUCACCUCAGAUCCUCAAAUGGCCGAGACUGCUGCUAGCCUGCCAGCUCUUGUCAACAGUAGCGUUUGCAGGAAUUCGACAGCUGUGUCUUCCACUGCACAGACUGAAACUUCAUUGCCCUCAAAUGAUGCAACAAAGACUUCAGCAGUAGCAUCUCAGGCGAAGGCAUCAAAGAAGGGAGAGCCAUCCGGCUUGAAUAGGGAGAUAAGCACGGUUCCUGCCUUGUCAGUACAGCAGCAAGCUGCCGUACAACUCCCCAAGGCUGCCCGGUUCUCCAUGGAAGAUCUGUUCUGCUGGGUAAUCGGUUGGAACAGUCAGUGGCUGGACAUCUAUGGCCCGCAGUCUGAGGGCCAGUCACCUUCAUCGGUUCCUCAGGCUAUUCUUGCAGAUUGUCCCUACAAGCAGCUCCUUGAUGUUCCGUCAUCCUUCGACUUCCAUGAAGACUACUUCAAGGUCUUUGUGCCUCUGCUGCUGCAUGAGAUAUGGGCUCAGCUGCAGAGUAAAGUUGAAGUUGGCUCAGCCAGCAUUGAAGCAGCUUUUGUGGAGUGCAGACACAAAGAGCAGAGACAGACUGGGCUUCUGCUGAGUUGCACCUUCAAAGUUCAAGGGGCCAAAGCAACCUGCCCUGUCAGCCCGCAGGAUGUCAUUAAGGUAUCCCCAAGUGAAGAAGACCCAACCUGUAGUUGGUGUCCAUUGCUGGCUGUGGUGACAGAUGUGACCCGCGUCGUCCUCAACACCACAGGAGCAAGAAACCUGAAUCACAAUGCAUCUGUCAACGUACAGGGCCUACCACGGACUGAGGAGAAACUGUUUGAAGUGUCAGUGCUCAUUCUUGCCAAAAGUGAGGAGAUUUACCGAGCGUUGUCUGCUACCACAGGACACAAAGUUAGGUUGAAGGUCCUCCACUCCCUGGUGUCGGCCAUUCACCAGUUCCAAGGCCUGAUAUCCCUCCACAAGUGUGGUAUCAUAGCCUCAGACAUCCUGAGGUUCCGACGUAUGGAAGUCUUCUCGUCGGCAUCGAGCAGUGCACCAUCAAACAUGAAACCGCAGGACAAAUGCUUGAACCCCUGUCAGCUGCAGGCAGUCAGCAGAGCGUCCGCUGCUGUUGCCAUGUUUGACACCCUGCCCAGAAUAUGCCUGGUGAACGGGCCGCCCGCUACGGGCAGAACAAAGACGGUCAUCCAAAUUGUCAAGCAAGUACUGAAGAAUCAGGCAGCCAAGCAACACCAGCAGUGCCUUCCAGGCAAGCGUAACAGCAGGUCACAGGCAAAGCCGCCCCCUGUUCUGCUCUGUGCCCCCUCCCACACCUUGGUCAACGUCUUACUCAGGCAGCUGAUGAGGGAAAUACCCACAAUGUUCCCCUAUGAAACGCAGCCCAGCGACAGAGGUGCGACCAAACGUUACCAUGUGGUGCGAGUGCACGGACCCUCUGCUGUAAUCCACGACAGCGUCAAGAAAUUCAGCCUGGACAGCCAAGUGGAAGCCCAGAGGAAACAAGAUGUUCACAGGAUAGAUCUCAACCUAGAACGUUCGACAAAGAAGAGAGAAAGCCUGCACAGACAAAUAACAGAGCUAGAAAAAAACUGUGAACUCCACAACCACAACAGUAACAAAGAAGAGUUAAUCAGAGUGCAGCAAAGAAAGAAACAACUGAUCAAAGACCUGACUAUUAACAAACUCAAACUGGAGGACCAGAAGCGACAGAGAGCCGAGCUGGAGGGCAGGCCCAAUGCCAUCUACGAGCGGGCCAUUCUGGACAGAGCAGACGUCAUCUGCUGUACUGUCAACUUCACUGGCAGCCAGUUGCUGCAGGAUACUGGCUCUAAGGAUGGCGCACGCCAAAAAAUGAAGUUCUCCUGUGUCAUUGUGGACGAGGCCAAUCAGUGCAUGGAACUGGACUCCAUCAUCCCACUCCAGAACUGCUCCAUGAAGGUCGUGCUGGUCGGUGAUCCCAAGCUGACACGAGCAACGGUCGCCUCCAAGGAAGCCAACCAGCAUGGCUUGCACCGGUCCUUGUUUGAGCGCCUGUGUGGCUGGUUCCCAUCGGGCGAGACGCACCCUUCGCCAAUUUGCCGACUGAAGAACCAGCACCGCAUGCACCCGGAAAUCGCUGCCUUUCCGUCCAAACACUUCUAUGGUGGCGGGCUGCUGAUCGACAAGAACAUGGCAAAGAGAAGACAGUCUUUCUUUCUUCACCCGUACCUCAUCUUCAAUGUCAUACAGAGCAAAGAAGUUAAAACUUCGCAAAGAUCCUAUGCCAAUGAGGCAGAACAAAUCAUGGUACUGAAACUGUACCACCGGAUCUGCCGGGAAAAAAUGAAGGACAAGGUCAUUUUCUCGGAACCAACAUCCAUGGGGAUCAUCGUGCUGAGCAAGGACCAGGCGUCAUACAUCUCCCUCUGCCAGAAAAAAGCCGAGAAGGAACUGGCGGCAUCCUCUCCUAAAAACUUCUUAUUUCCGUCUGUAGAAAUAUCAACACCAGAUCAAUUUCAAGGCCGUGAGAAGGAUGUAAUAAUAAUAAGUUGUGUCCGCACUCAGGGAUCGUCUGACCAUUCAGGAUCGUCCUGCAGUUUUUCUUCCAACUUCUUCAGUGAUGGAAGAAAGAUAAACUUCCUCCUGACCAGGGCGCGGUACUCGCUCUUCAUUGUAGGCAACCUUUCAUUUCUCCAGAGCCAGAAGGAGUGGUGGGCUGUGGUGGCAGAUGCCGACAAGCGGAAGUGCGUCAUCCAUGUUCCAAGGAAGCUGUACGAAAAGGCAGCCCGGUGCUGCGUCAGACGGCCCAGCAGCGCACCUCCCGGCAGUGCCCAGUGCGACAGGCCCACCCAGGGGCUGACCACACAAACCUGCAAAAGCUUGGGCAGUCCUAAACACACGGUAGAGGGUUCCGUUACUGUUCCCAGCAACAGAAUUGGAGACAGCAAACGAGACCAUGUACAGAGUCCUGUGGUUGAGAAGCCCUUUGCAUCAUCCUCGCAAGGAUCAGCAACCGUUGACAAGACCACUGCAAGGACUAUGGAUCCACCAGCAUCCCAAGCAUCUCUAAUGCAGGGACGUGUUCAGGACCCCAUUUUGAAUGAAAAGGAAAGUGAGAAACCAGCAGUGAAGUCCUGCCUGUCCACUCCAAAGGUCAAGAAAAUCACAAACAGGGUGACCUUCCAACAGUCGGAGGCCUUGGCCAGCCACACACUACUUCCGAGACCAAUGCAGAGCAGUUCGGGAGCGCAGUCGCAGGGGGGACAGCAGAACCCCUAUAAAAUGGCAUCCCGAUCACCAGAGAGAAGCCAGACAGCAAAGCGAUCUCCCAAACUACCUCAGUACCGACACAUCCUGAAGAAAAGACUUAUGCCAUGGUGGAGCCCUCAAAGGUCUCCGCAGAGCAGCCCUCCUGCAACCAAGCUGACUCCGCCAUACAAGAGCAGACCUGCAAGCCGUGGAGAAGCCCUUAAAUCUGCUUUAGGAAGCCUUUUAACCAGCUUGAGGGCCCAAACUGGCCUUGUCACAGACCCUCAACAAGGCUCUGGCAGCAGCAGUCAUUUUCAGGAUUCACUUGCCCCAGUCACAGCAGACAGUAGGGCAUCAGUUGGAACGGCGAGACCAUCCAGAGAAGAAGGGAUAACAACUCCGAGGAAGACUGGAAUUACCAGAGAAAGGCUCAGACACCAAGAAGAAUGCAGUGCCCAGCAGCCGACAACCUCUUUAGGAGAUGACAGCUCAAAUCAGAGACUCUCCACCCAGAAUGAAGAUGAUCAGUUAAGGAUCACUGUGGAAAAUGUCAAGCGUAACCAGGGCAAGGAGAAGAGGACCAUGGCCCUAGCUGGCCUCCAGCCGGAUCCCAGGCUUGCCCGAAGACGCCGGAGUACAAAUUCUGGAGCAGAACCUCCCGAAACACAGUCGGGGAACUCUAACAGAUGCGACUAUCCUCAGCGUGACAGAUGCCUCCCAGGCAUCGACUCGGAGUAGACGAGGCUCUUCCGGAGGGGUGCAAGAAUUAAAAUUACUGCUUCCUUCAUAGUUCAAUAACCAAUUAAAAUCUCUCUCUUUUAGUGCACCUAGAGACAGUUCUGGAGAUUGUGAGUGGUUACAUUUACCCAGGAAAUGUCUUUCACAGGGUCUCUAUCGCAUUGUAAAUUCUCCCUGAUCCUUCAAAAGCUAUCAGAGUUUGGAGGAUCAUGCAAGAUUGAAGAUGGAGUCCAGCCAUAGUCAUUCAACACUGCGCUCUUAAGCCAGGCCAGGUCUAAAGUAUGCUAUAUUUGGCUGAAGCAAUUGUUGCCACUCGUGUGUCUAUGAUGUGGUUUUUGGCACUUUGUACUGUACAUUGUGGUUUUUGCAUUGCAUCUUUGGGGGUAUGGCUCCGUGUUGUUUUUUUUGCCACUGUGUAGCUAUGAAUCGAGUAUUUUUUUUUACCAAGGUGUGUUAAGAACAAAUGCCUUCAUGUUGUUUCCUUGCCGUUUAAACCUCCAGUUUUACUGCAAAACCUUUCUGAAAGCAUUGCAGGCAUUAGUGACCAGUACUGAUAAUUAAGUUGGAUUAACCAUGAAUUUUAAGGGAUUCACUGUGUUCAUUGAACAAAUAUUUUUUUAAGUAACCUGUGACUCUUAUUUUAUGUACAUUUUGAACAAAAGGUAGUGGUCAUCACCAGUGAAUAUUUAGUGUCACAGAGUUUGUUUCUGCAUUCAAUUGGGGACCCUGAACAAUAGAGGACAAUAAGGUCCCCGAUUGACAACUGUGUUCAA